AUGUGGAAAUAAUGGUUAGAUGAAGAAGGAUUUUAAUAACUUUAUAAUAAUGGAUAUUAUGCUUAAUUUAAUAAAGAAUUCAACAUAAGAUUUAUUGCUUUAAAUACUUAAGUUUGUGAUAAUUUAAACUUUUUCCUUAUUUUUAAUAAUACAGAUCCUAAUGCAUAAAUUGAAUUUCUUUAUUAAUAAUUAAAUUUGGCCGAAUAAAAUAAAUAAAAAGUCAUUAUCUUUGGGCAUAUUCCUAUUGGAGAUAAUACUUGUUCAUCUUAAUGGGCUUUAAGAUAUUAAGUUUUAAUUGAUAGGUUUGAAUAUAUUAUUAUAGGAUAAUUUUUUGGUCAUACUCAUAAUGAUCAUAUUGAAAGUAUUAUAAGUAGCUAAGGAGAAAAAAGAAGUAUUGGAAGUAUUUUUAUUGCACCAAGUGGUACUACUUAUAGUUUUUUGAAUCCUUCUUAUAGAAUUUUCGAAUUUAAAAAUUAAAAACUCUUCAAUUAUUAUUAAUAUAGACUAGAUUUAGAUAAUGCUAAUUAAAAUAUCCAUAAAGAGCCUACAUGGGAUUUAGCUUAUGAUUUUCUGUCUGAAUAUUAAUUGGAUGAUAUUUCUAAUGAUUCUUUAUAUUUAUUGGCUUUUGAUAAACUUGUUAAUAAUGAUAAUUUAUUAAAUAAAUAUAUUCUGAAUUUCAAUAGUGGUAACCGAAAUUUGAUGCCUAAAAAAAUUGAUACUAAAGUUAGAAGAAACUUCCUUUGUUAGGCUUAAAAUAUUAUUUUUGAUGAUAGAUUUAAAUGCUUUGGUAUUUAUGGAAUAUUUUAUUAUAAACUAGAAUUUAUCUAUCAAUUCUUAUAAACGCUUUAGGGCGAAUGGUUAAUUUAGAAUUGA